AUGAUAGAAAACAUCUUUGAAAUGAAGGAUAUGAAAGAGAAAUCUGCGAAUGAUUGUUGGGAUGAAAUGGCAAAUAGUGUCAGGAAGACAACUAAGGCUGUGUUCGGCGAAUCAAAAGGGAAAGGUAUAAUUGACAAGGAUACAUGGUGGUGGAAUGAGAAUGUACAGAGAGAGUUGAAAGAAAAGAAGAAUGCAUUCAAAAAGUGGCAACUAGAAAGAGGAAAUGAAAGUGAGAAGCAAGCUAGGAAGAAUGAGUUUAGAGAAUGUAAGAAAAAGGCCACUAAAGCGGUUGCUAUAGCCAGGUCUGACGGUUGUAAAGUUCUAAUGAAAGAUGACGAAAUAAAAGAGCGCUGGAAGAUAUAUUUUGAAAAAUUAAUGAAUGAGGAGAACGACUGGAAUAGAGUGAUUAAUAGGAAGCCAGAGAACGUCGGACUUGUGAAUGAGAUUAGUAUGUACGAAGUUAGAGAAGCAGUGAGAAGUAUGAAAAGCGGAAAGUCGGAAGGACCAGACGGUAUACCAGUGGAAGUAUGGAAGAUACUGGGAGAAGACGGAUAUAAGUGGCUGACUUUAUUCUUCAAUAAGCUGCUACAAGAAGAAGUGAUCCCUACGGAAUGGAGCACCAGUACGCUGGUGCCCAUAUACAAAAAUAAAGGGGAUGUUCAAGACUGUGGCAGCUAUCGGGGAAUAAAGCUUAUGUCUCAUAGUAUGAAAGUUUUGGAGAAAGUGAUAGAAAAGCGAUUGCGAGAUGAAAGUGAGAUCACCCAAAACCAGUUUGGGUUCAUGCCUGGUCGCGGGACAACGGACGCCAUAUUUGCACUCCGCCAAGUGUGGGAAAAUAUCGCGACGUGCACAGGAAUCUGCAUAUGGUGUUCGUUGAUCUGGAAAAAGCGGACGACCGAGUACCUAGAGCAGUUUUGUGGUGGGCAUUGA